CACUCUUCCUAUAAGGUUUCUCAUCUGAGUGUUCCCUUCUUGAAUCCCUUGAGCGCUCCCUCACAUCCGAAUUCCUUCGUGUUUCAGUCCUUCUGGAAUCUUCUGCUCUCAUAUCCAUUCUCUUCCUAUAAGGUCUAUCAACUGACCUUUCUCUUCUUGGACCACUUGAAGGUCCCCUCAUAUCCAUAUUCCUACGGGGUUUCUCAUCCGGAAGUUCACUUCUUGAAUCCCUUGAACGCCCCCUUGUGUCCAAAUUCCUUCGUGUUUCAGUUCUUUUGGAAUAUUCUGCUCUCACAUCCAUACUCUUCCUAUAAGGUCUAUCAUCUGACCUUCCUCUUCUUGGACUCCUUGAAGGUCCCCUCACAUCAUUAUUCCUUACAUCACCUGCUCUCCCCCUCUUGAUUUCAGCAUUUCCACGACCACGGUUCUUAUCCGCUACUUCUUCAUCAUCAUCAUCUUCUUCUUCUUCA